UAUCAACAAACUAUCAAAACCAAACCAAACCAAACCAACUACCCUCAAUUGGCGUACAUCACAAAGCCAAUUUUAACAUUUUUUUAAACAAAAAUAAAUUAAAAAUCACACAAACCAUCGGACAUUCCCACACUCUACUUCCAAUUCACCCAAUGGAUCAAGAGAAACUCUCCGACCGUGUUCUUAUUAACGGCACGGUAGUCCGCGUCACCUUAACGGCUGACGGAAAGCUCCAGUGGACGGAAGGGUUUCAGCGGACGUUGACUCUGGAGAAGGAGGUCCUCGGUUUCGCCGUGGACAGCAAUAAAAUUAAAAUCAGAGCUGUUAUAGAGAACGAGAAUGGAAUCUGCUGCGGCGGGAGCAGUGGUGGUUUGGUGAGGAAGGAUUUCGUUUUCGAGCCUUUGUCACAAGAGUCUCAAAGACUUUGGUGCCAAAAGCUCCGUGAAUAUCUUGAUUCUCUCGGUCGGCCGAAGAGGCUGUUUAUUUUUAUGAAUCCGUUUGGUGGGAAGAAAACUGCAUCAAAGAUUUUUCUGGAUAAUGUGAAACCGCUGUUGGAGGAUGCUGAUAUCCAAUUCACAUUGGAAGAGACUACACGACAACUUUAUGCGAAGGAUGUUGCUAAAAGGCUGGAUCUUUCAAAGUAUGAUGGUAUAGUUUGUGUCAGUGGUGAUGGUAUUCUUGUUGAGGUGGUAAAUGGACUACUUGAGAGAGAGGAUUGGAGUGCUGCGAUAAAAAUGCCCCUUGGAGUGAUUCCUGCAGGUACAGGAAAUGGCAUGGUGAAAUCUCUAUUGGAUUCCGUUGGUGAACCCUGUAAAGCGUCUAAUGCCACUCUAGCUAUUAUUCGAGGCCAUAAGCAUUCAUUGGAUGUAGCUACUAUCUUACAAGGCGAGACCAGAUUUUAUAGUGUCUUGAUGCUUGCUUGGGGUUUGGUGGCAGAUAUAGACAUUGAAUCUGAGAAAUAUAGAUGGAUGGGCAGUGCUCGCAUUGAUUUUUACGCUCUCCAGAGAAUAUUGCGUUUGAGGCAAUAAUGGACUGUUUUCUUUUGUGCUGCACCUGGUUUUGAAGAUUAUGGGGAACCACCAGUUACAAUGGCGAAUCAUUAUGAAAAGGAUGUCAGCAAUCCCAGCCAAGAGCAACCCAUUAAAGCUAGGCAGUAUGGCUACCAAGGGCCAGCUGUUAGUUUAGAGAAUCUAGGUUGGAGGACAAUUAAUGGACCAUUUGUUUCAGUUUGGCUUCAUAAUGUACCAUGGGGAGGUGAAGACACAAUGGCUGCUCCUGAUGCAAAGUUCUCGGAUGGUUAUUUGGACCUGAUUCUUAUUAGGGAUUGCCCAAAGCUCGAUUUACUAAAAUUAAUGACACAGUUGAGCAAUGGAGGUCAUAUCAAAUCAAAUUAUGUACAGUACCUGAAGGUUAAAGCAUUCAUCCUAGAGCCGGGUACAUGCACACAUGACCCAACUAGAGAAGGAAUUAUAGACUCAGACGGUGAGGUACUGGCCAGAGGAAAAGGAACAUAUUUGUGUGACCAGAAGACACUAAUGGCCUAUGAUAAGCUACAAAUAACGUUGGAUCAAGGUUUAGCUACUUUGUUUUCCCCUGUGUAGAACGUGAAUCUUAGUUUUACAUUAAUCUGACUUUAACAUGGAUAUUAACCACUGAAAUAUAUUCAUGGAUUGAUUAUUUAUUUUUGACUGUAUAUAACUAGGGAAGACAAAUAAGGGAAUUGAAAGGAGAAAAAAAAAGUAGCCUGUUGAUUGCUAAGAGAGCUUUUCAAUUGUAAGUGAUCAUUUCAAGGCAAUGUGCUGUUCAUCUUAUCUUUAUUCUCUGAAAACUAUGAUUUUUGAAGUUUGUUUUUAGAAUAGAUUUAUAAUAAUGUAACUGACUGCUCUAGGAAAAAAAAAAAUAUAUGUGCUUGAGCUGGAUGGAAAAGUGGGUCGGUUUGUGACCAUAAUUGAAACUUGGC